AGCAACGAAGCUGGUAAAAGACGAGUAAAUUUUAUUUCGCACAUUAAAAUUUUUUUGUUUUUCAUAAAGGUGGACGGGAAUUUUUCAAAUUUGAAUAACUUCAAAAAUUUCUAGACGAAGUGACCUGUGACUUAAUAAGCAUUUGAAUAAGUUUUCAAAUAAUUUCAGAGUAGAACGAACAACCUAAACUGAGAACAAUAAAAAUUCCUAUAUUUGUGCGCUGCAUCAAAAAAAGAAAUAACGUGUAUUAGCAGAUAACAAAAACAAAAAAAAAAAAAAAAGAAAAAAAAAACGAAAAGACGGUGGAUUCGUCACUUAUUAUAAAAACGAUUUUCUGGUCUUGAUUCUUUUUUUUUGCGAUUUUCAUUGGCGAAUAGAUAUUUCACAAUGUCAGUAGAUGCCUACGGCCCAAGUUCUCAGACUUUAACAUUUUUGGAUACGGAAGAGAAUGAUUUGAUCGGCGGCGCGGACACGCAAGCAUCGGAUUUUGAUUACCGCGAUUUAACCUUGGCCUCUCAAACACAAACGCAGGCAUCACAAUUGGAUGGUGGAUUUUCAAGCGCUACGGCUGCUAGUAUUGCUGGCCAGACGUUUGGCCGCAAAUUGGACUUGCAUUCAAAACUAAAUGGCUCAACAGAUCUGCAGUUUGAAGAGGAGGACGAUGAGGAAAAUACUUUGCUAACGGUUAAUGAAUUACCAUCUCAUGCCUGCAAAUACUGUGGCAUACAUGAUCCGAGCACUGUGGUUAUGUGCAAUAAUUGCAAGAAAUGGUUUUGUAAUGGUCGCGGUAGCACUUCUGGCUCUCAUAUUGUCAAUCAUUUGGUAAGAGCUAAGCAUCGUGAAGUCACCCUACAUUCGGAGGGACCCUUAGGAGAGACGGUUCUGGAAUGUUAUUCUUGUGGCGUAAAAAACGUAUUUGUGUUGGGCUUUAUACCUGCUAAGGCGGACUCGGUUGUUGUGUUGCUUUGCCGUCAGCCUUGUGCUGCCCAAAAUUCCUUAAAGGACAUGAACUGGGAUCAAGAUCAAUGGAAGCCGUUAAUAUCAGAUCGCUCUUUUUUACCAUGGCUAGUAAAAAUACCCACUGAACAAGAGCAGCUUAGGGCUCGCCAAAUAACAGCUGCUCAAAUUAAUAAAUUGGAAGAAUUAUGGAAAGAAAAUAUUGAAGCAACGUUUCAAGAUCUAGAAAAACCUGGAAUUGACACCGAACCAGCGCAAGUGUUGUUACGUUAUGAAGAUGGAUAUCAAUAUGAAAAAAUUUUUGCCCCAUUGGUUAUGCUAGAAGCGGAAUAUGAUAAAAAAUUAAAAGAAUCUCAGACUCAGGAAGGUAUUGAGGUGCGCUGGGAUGUCGGACUUAACAAGAAAACUAUCGCUUAUUUUACAUUAGCUAAAACUGAUUCUGAUAUGAAACUUAUGCAUGGAGAUGAGUUACGCUUGCGUUAUGUUGGGGAUUUACACAAAAAGUGGAAAGCCAUUGGUCACGUAAUCAAAGUUCCAGAUAAUUAUGGCGAAGAUGUUGGACUCGAAUUAAAAUCAUCGGCUGGUGCCCCUAUUCAAUGCACUUCAAAUUUUGCUGUCGAUUUUAUUUGGAAAUGUACCUCAUUCGACCGUAUGUUACGUGCCCUUAAGGUAUUUGCAAUGGAUCGCAAAUCCGUAUCGAACUAUAUUUAUGCCCGCCUUUUGGGCCAUGGACGCAAUGAUGGCACUGAUGAUGUAGUAUUUCGAGGUCCUGCCCCCAAACAAUAUAGUGCUCCGAAUUUGCCAGAUUUGAAUCGCUCACAGGUGUACGCCGUUAAGCAUGCAUUACAACGCCCUCUUAGUCUUAUCCAGGGUCCCCCUGGAACUGGCAAAACAGUUACUUCUGCUACAAUUGUUUACCAGCUGGUUAAACAGCAUGGCGGCACCGUUUUAGUUUGCGCUCCGAGUAACACGGCUGUCGAUCAAUUGACCGAAAAAAUACAUCGCACUAAUCUGAAAGUUGUGCGCGUUUGCGCCAAAUCUCGUGAAGCAAUUGAUAGCCCUGUUAGCUUUCUCGCGUUACACAAUCAAAUACGCAACAUGGACACAAAUAUUGAAUUGAAAAAAUUGCAACAACUGAAAGAUGAAACUGGUGAACUGAGCUCAGCUGAUGAGAAGCGUUACCGUGCUCUAAAACGCAAUGCCGAAAAUCAAUUGCUGGAAGCUGCCGAUGUUAUCUGCUGCACUUGCGUUGGAGCUGGUGACGCGCGGUUGACACGUAUCCCAUUUACUUCUAUACUAAUUGAUGAAUCCAUGCAGUCUACGGAGCCUGAAUGUAUGGUUCCGGUAGUUUUGGGAGCCAAACAAUUGAUUUUAGUAGGCGAUCAUUGCCAAUUAGGCCCAGUAGUUAUGUGCAAAAAAGCGGCACGCGCUGGACUCUCGCAGAGUUUGUUUGAACGUUUAGUAGUUUUGGGAAUAAGACCUUUUCGGUUGGAAGUACAAUACCGUAUGCAUCCGGAACUCUCAAUGUUCCCCUCCAACUUUUUCUAUGAGGGCUCUUUGCAGAACGGGGUAUGCGCUGAGGAUCGAAAAUUAAAAAUUGACUUUCCCUGGCCUCAGCCAGAUCGUCCCAUGUUUUUCUUGGUCACUCAAGGUCAGGAAGAAAUAGCCGGCUCCGGUACUUCCUACUUAAAUCGUACAGAAGCUGCCAAUGUUGAAAAAAUUACAACACGUUUUCUUAAGGCUGGCGUCAAGCCUGAACAAAUUGGCAUCAUUACACCCUACGAAGGACAAAGAGCCUACCUGGUUCAAUACAUGCAAUAUCAAGGUAGUUUACAUUCAAAACUCUAUCAGGAAAUUGAGAUUGCAAGUGUAGACGCUUUUCAGGGCCGUGAAAAAGACAUCAUUAUUAUGUCAUGUGUCCGCUCCAAUGAAAGACAAGGAAUUGGCUUCCUAAACGAUCCUCGCCGCUUAAAUGUCGCUUUGACGCGUUCAAAGUAUGGCACUAUUAUUGUUGGAAAUCCAAAAGUUUUAUCUAAGCAACCACUGUGGAAUCAUUUGUUAAAUUUUUACAAGGAUCGGAAGGUUUUGGUUGAGGGUUCCUUAAACAAUCUUCGAGAAUCACUAAUACAAUUUCAAAAACCUAAAAAACUCGUCAAUACACUCAAUAUGGGAGCUCAUUUCAUGAGCACUAUGAUGGCUGAUGCCCGAGAAGUUAUGAUACCUGGUUCCAUAUACGAUCGUUCGGGACAAUUUGGUUAUACUGGUUCCACCAGCUCAAACAAUUAUGGCGGUCUUGGCUUCGGCAGUAAUCUAAUUGGCGGAAACAACUCUGCUUUCGGCUUUACCAACCAAACAUCCAUGCACUCGCUGGCUACAAGCCACACGGCUGGUAUAAAUAAUUUUUUGCACCAAUCGAACAAUAUGUAUGGAGGAAAUGCGGCAUCUUCUACGAAUAAUCAACAAGGGAAUCAUAUGCAACAUCGUCAUGAUGCCAUAAGCUACAUAUCGACUGAAAGAGUACAGGCAGCUAUGAAUAACAUGCCGGUUCCUGUCGGCAUGUUUAUGAAUAUGAGCAACAUACCACCUCGUUUUUACAAUCAACAUCAGCAGGCUAUACAAGCAGCUGCUAAACAGGGGCGUCGAACUGGAGGUUUCACUGGCAAUUCAGGCGGCGGUAGAGGUAUGAAUUCAAAUAAUAACGGAUCAAUUGGCAAUGAUGCUGCUAUGAUUAGAGCUCCCGGAAAAGGUCGCAGUUCUGCUAAUAAUCUGAUUAACGUCAACGAGGUUGGAGUAAGCGGUAUCGGCACCGAUUCACAAUCAGCUUCCCAAUCGGCGCCAAUCUUCACACAGAAAAAUAUGUCUCAACAAAUGAGCCAAACUGCUUUUCCAGGCUUAUCGCAACAACCCGAAUUGUCACAAGAUUUUGGCCAAAUAUCUCAAAUGGACGGCAUAUUGUCGCAAGAUUUCGGGACGGAUGCACUUAACAGUGAUCGCCUCAAUUUGGGUCUUAACACCCAGAGUCAAUUCUCGCAACCCUAUUGAUAGACAAUAGUUAACGGUUACUGAUCUUACAGCAGCAGCAGCAGCAACAGCAGUAAAAGCAGCAGCAAACUUAAGCAAUUUCAGAAGCAACAAACAAAACAACAAAUCUCAAAAAAAAAACCACAAACAUCUUUGAAAAUCUUAAGAAGAAACAAAAAAAGAUCGAACGAAAUAGAAAAUCCCGGCGCACACACACACAAAACUCUCAAGUAAACAUUGCUGCCGUAGCAGCAAAAGCUACUGGAUUAACAAAUGGAGCAACCAAGUGCAAGACGUUAAAUUGUAUUGUUUGACUAGAGAAGAAGAAGAGCAAGCAAUUGCAAUUCGUAUUCAAUGAUGAUUGAAACAAAACAAAAUGUUCAUUAAAAUGCGAUUGCGGUGCAGUGGCCUAUAAGACAUUACACAAAAGACGCAACCAGAGACGCUUUGAGGACAUGUACCGCGACAUUCUAUUUGAAAUGAAAAACCUGUGUGCUUCCAUGGGAAAGAUAAAUGAAACAAAAUUAACUAAGAUACACUAAAACCACAACAAGGAUAAUCAGCAAUGCUAGAAACACGUUUGAAGAAAAUAAUACCGGCAACAGAAAUGCAGUGCAAAUCACCACAAAGGCCGUGAAGAAACGAAGAACACGAAUCUUUUUCAGUUUUUCUAAAAUAACGAUCAGCGGCAUUAGCUCAUUUGAGAGAGCAUUUUUCAAAAAAUGUUACUGAUCUUCACACUAAAACAAGCACGUGCAUCCAAUCGCUUGACUGUGAUUGUUUUUAAACUAUACCAUGUCUAGAGGGAAAAUUAUAGAAACGUAGCAUUUGUUGACCUUGUUUGUUGUAAUCAAAACACAACAAUUUAAAAAUUUCUUUCGUUCUAAUUUUAACAUACGCGCAUAUAUAUAU